CUUAACCGGACAAAGAUGGAUGGUGCUCAAGACUUUAUCCCAUUUUCCAAUUCUAAGUCAGAUCCAUUUUAUGCAAAAAGAGUUGCAAAAGCAGUGGCUAAGAAUCCUUUCAAUGACAGCAGGGCAAAAAACUUCAUAAUUGUAAAAUCGAACGGCAAAAAUCAACCAAAGCGUUACUGGCUGUCUUCGUCGAGGAAUGACCUGUCGCCAAAUGUACCAUAUUCGAUGAAUCGUAAGUAUCGUUAUGAGACUAUGCAACCAGAAAAAUUACUGUAUUCUGUCGAUCCCUCCGACAGAAAUCUGAUUGUACAUCAGCAAACAGUUGCCAAUCUCCAAGCUAAGAACGCCAUGAAGUCAGCAUACUUCAGCAACGAUCCGGAGUCCUUAAAUUACCUGCUGAAAAGUUUUCGCCUUGGAAAAGUGAAUACCUUGAAUCCUAUUAGAAUAAAAGAAAAAAAAAGUUCAAAAAAGAGGAGGAAAGCGAAGAGCGUGGAGCAUGAGGAAAAUAAAGAAAACGAAGCUAAAGAAUUAACGAUUUACACUAUAUCAAAGUGUCCAUUCUUACCAAAAAACGCAGGCCGCAAAAGUCAGUCUUUCACAAAAAAACGUUACAAAGUUAAUUAUACGUGCGACUGUGGUGCUUCGGAUAAUGAAAGUUUGCUAGGGCUAAGUGAUUCCAAACUACUAGAAGAAGGCUGCAACUUCUCAAAAGAAUUUCCUAUUGAGGAUUUUGUUUGUCAACCAUCAAAAAAGGCUGCAGUUCAAAGUCUGGAUGAAGAUCAUCCGCAAAAGAAGGAAAUGACUGAGUUGGUCACGAGUAAUCUAGCGAAAGGUACUCAUAUUCCGGUGACACUGUCCGAUAGUUUUCAGUUUCAAUGCAGGCUCAAGAUGGAAAAGCCGAAUUUCAACUUCGUUAACGAAGCGGAAGAACUUCCAAAAAUGCUUCCAGAAAAUGCCAAAUUUACGUGGUUAACUGAUCAGCAUAAAGCAUUCAAUAUACAGUUAACUUCUUUUGUUCGUCCUAUGUUUCCAGUUUUCAGUAUCACGGUUGACAUGCUGCUUUAUAACGUUCUCAGUAGAAGUCGUGCGGGAUACUUGCCCAUGCUGACAUUUCCUUCUGACCGACUGAUUGGGGACAGGAAUGAUAUGCUGGACGAAGAAGAUUGCGAAUCGCGUUUUGAAUUUCAACAAGUCAGCAGUACGAUCGUCGACGUUCUGGACAGUAAAAGUGACGAAGAGCUUCUGAUGUCCGUAAAACAACACCAGGAAGAAAGUGCCAAAGGAAGUUUUUCCAGCGAUAGAUUGCCGAAGUUUAAGGAAAUCACUAAAUGCUCAAUUUGUGAGUGCGCUUCAACAUCUGGAAGGGCUUUUCUAAACUGCCCUCACGAUGUCUGCAUUGGCUGUCUUCGACAACAGUUGUUCUCACAAAUAUAUGGUGAUAUUUAUCCGCUGAGCUGUCCUGUUUCGGGAUGUGUUCUACCGAAGAAUAUUCGUUAUAAUGGGGUUAAAUGUUCUAAAUGUUCCUACAGCUUCUGCUCGCUUUGUGGGGAUAUGCCACACUGGCCGCUCAGAUGUGACGAGGUAAAAGAAUGGACCGAAAAGUUCAAAGCAACAAAGAAAUAUGUAGAGAUGCAGCUAAACGGCGAACUACGGGAAAUGAUGAUUGUCAGAGAUUGCUUUAUUUGCCAGGGCACAUUUGAAGCUCCAGAUUACGCCAAAUUUGCCAGCUGUUGUUGCAAUCCGCACGCAGCUUACGAGUGCAGUACUGGAACACUACAUACUCGUUACAACAUGCAACUAUAUAUUCGCGACAGAUAUUAUAAAGCAAAUUAUUUGGCUGAGAACGGUUGGAUAUGGCUGUACAUUCAUCGAAAUGAGGAUCUCACAUCUUGGAAGGACGCGCGCAUCUAUUUGGAACAGAUGAUUAAGAUAUGGGACAGAGUUGAAAGUAAAGUGAAGUUGAACUCCCACACAGAACUCAAGGCAAAAGAAAUUGCUGUAUCGAUGAGAAGUUUCGAUAGUGUUGUGCAGAAACUGUUAUCCCUUUUCAAAUCCUUUUACUCUCAGUACUGA